ACACUACAAAUCCCAUGAACACCACAUAUCCGGAAGCAAACAUCACGCCAACCAGCGUGAGGCAGACUCACAUGUUGGCUAACUGUAGAAAGACAGGACGUUUAGCUUCAGAGCAAAGUGUGUGCGCAUACCAGAGAAAAUGUCUGCAGCUAAAGUGAAGAUGAGGGGGAAGAAGAUGAGAAACCAGCCCGUCAGUGUGCAGUAUCCAUCCAGCAGCGCACAGAACGGAGGAGACACCCCGAACCCCGAAAGGACAAAGAACCCCCAUCAGCGGGGUGGAUGGGUCCGUGGGCACCAGAAAGAUGGUGGAGGAUAUACCAAGGAGAUGCCCAAGCACAUUACUGCUGGAUCCUUUGCCAGUGCCAGAGCAGCUGAGGUGCAGGCCAUGCUGAAAGCCGUCACCAAGACAACAGGCAGCUGCCAUGUGUAUGGAGCCCUCCCCAAACACAUGAGGAGACGCUCCAUGAGCCACAACACCAAGCGGCUCCCUCGCAGACUGAGAGAUGUGGCCAACCGAAUGCGGGAGAAGAGCCUCCAGGCAGGCUCAAAGAAGAAGAAGGAACAGCCAAAGAGCAAAAGUCGCAAGGCCCGCCGGCGGCACGGAAAUCUGCUGCUGGAAUUUAACCGGCGGCAGAGAAAGAACAUGUGGCUGGAGACGCACAUUUGGCACGCUAAGCGCUUCCACAUGGUUAAAAAGUGGGGUUAUUGCCUCGGAGACAGACCCACAUACAAAUGCUACCGGCCUUGCUACAGGGCAAUGAGCAGCCACUGUCUGCUGCAGGACCUUUCUUACUACUGCUGCAUAGAGCUACAGGGAGAGGAAGACAAGCUGCUUGCUUGUCUGUCACUACUGACCAGCAAGGAGACCGGUCCCACAUUUGCUGCAGCACUGAGUCUGUCAGGGCGAAGACAGGGCAGUGUUGUGUUGUACAGAGCAGGACAGUAUCCUUCACAGCCUCUGGGCCCUGUCACCUUCCUCUGGAGACCACGUACGCAGGGGACAACUCACAGGCAGCUGUGGAUUUGGGCUCAUCCUACUAUUAAAAAGGACCUUCUUCCUGAGUUACAAACGGUGUGCCAGUGUUGUGAGGCUGUAGUUCCUCCAGUUGUUCCAGUGGUGAUACCUGCUGGAGUUGUUCUGACCCCAGAACCAGAGUCUGAAAAGACCCCUGAGGCCCAGCAGGUAACUGGAACCAAGAGAAAGCGCAGCGGUAAGGAUGCCAGUGUACCUCCAGCCAAGAAGAUCUUGGGAGAUGGAACCAGAUCUCCCACCACCCCGGUUACCUGGAAGUCAAGCUCAACUGGAAUAGUUAUAAAUGAUCUCACAUUGGAGAUUGUACGUUAUCGCCUGAUUGGACCGCAGUCCCAUUCUGUUCUGGCAGAAACUUUGGAAGCCGCUACAGACUGUCAUGAAAUAGACAAAUCCCAGUCAUCUCCGCUCUGGUGGCCUGAGCACUGCAAAGACGAGAACAAAAUGAAUCUGCAUCAACAACAAGCUGAUGUCUAUCACAUACUGAAAGGCAUCUAUUCGACUGGAGAGCUCCCCCCAGGCACAGUGCUGGGUCUGACUGUAGAUGACCCCAGGGUGACUUUACCAACAAAGAAGGUUAAAGCUUUGCCCUGUGUAAAGCAGGCACAAGAGGUGGACGAGGAGAAGAGGAAGGAGCUAAUGCUGCAAGGAGUCCCUGAACACUGCUGUCAGAGUUACCUGUGGGAACAGUCUGUCCGGGACAAUGUCACCGAUAACAAGAUAUCAGAGCAGGAUUUGAACCGGAUGAAAAGUGAGGUGCUGGUGCCGGGCUCCAGGCUGAGCCCCAUUCCACUGCAGGGCCGAGUCCCCAUCCUGCUGGUUCACCAGCCUGGCAAACAGGUGGGACAUGAAAUGAGUUCCUGGGGUGCUGGAUGGGACCUGCUGCUUCCUAAAGGAUGGGGAAUGGCCUUCUGGGUCCCACUGGUGUACAGAGGAGUUCGCAUUGGAGGGCUGAACAUGACUCUGAAACACUCCCAGAACAAAGGAGUCUCCCAUUUCCCACAUGAUUACCCAGAUUGCCCUGCAGGUGUUCGCUUUCAGGAGGAGCAGGAGUCGGAGCUCCUGGACAAGUUCAAAAGGCGUCCGCCUGCCAAAAGGACCAAUUACAUUAAACAUGGCUGUCUGGCACCGUUCCGUUGCCCGUGGCAACAGCUGGCCGAGGAGUGGGAGCUUAUCACGAGGGAAGGAGAAAGCCAAACCACAACAGAGGCUGACACAGUGAUGGAGGAGGAGAUGACAUCACAUAGAGAUAUCACUGUAACAAAGCCUCAGAGCCAUGUCACUGUACUGAGGAAUCGAAAGUCACUGAGGCUGCUCUCUGGUUGGUGCAAACCCACGACAUCUAAAGGUCAAAGGCUUUGCCGUGUUGGUGAGGUGCCUCCUCUUGACCGUUCAGCUGCAACAUCGUUUCUCGCAACACAUGUGAUGAGCCUGGUGUGGGUGCGUCUGUCACUGCUGUCCAAGGGCAAACCAGAAUUCCAUGCCAUGGUGUGUGUGCCAACUGCAGAGGACCUGCAACUGCUGAAAAAAGGGUCCAGCAGCACCGGCCCCCAGGAGCCUCCGCACAAAGACCAUUUUAAAAGUAGAAUUAAACGCAAAAAGAAGGGCAACAAGAAAACCUCUACACCCUCUUUGCUUCCGAAGACCGACAACAAAGAGUCAGACCUUCCCUCUACCUCGGAACCUAACCCCACCACAUCUGAAGACCCCAAAUCAUCCUCCCAGUCUACCUCAGACCUCAUCUUUGGGCUGUGGCCAGAUCCUCUGCCGAGUGUCACCUCCCACUGCUCCCGGGUGACUCUAGGCUGGGUCACUCAGGGCGACUUCUCCCUGUCUGCAGGCUGUGGGGAGGCUCUGGGGUUUGUGAGCGUUGCAGGUCUUCUUAACACCUUUGUGAACCAGCCGAUGGAACACAGGGGAACACUGCUGCUGCGCAACCCCACCUCCCUGCACUACCGCUUUGCAAAAAUCAACAUAGAGGUCUGACUGAAACAUCUGAGCUUAUGCUGAACUUAACCUCCAGAAAGCACUGAAUUCUUGGUUAAUGGAGGAAGAUCAACACAACUUGCAGAGCUCUGAAAUUAUAUGUCUUUAAGUCACAUGAUGCUUCAUUCACUAAGUGAUCCCUGUGCCUUGAUAGUUGCUUGCUUGGACUUUGCCAUCAUCUAAUCUACAGCGUUAAAGACUUAAUGGGAUGCAUGGGCCAUGACUACAAGCUACCUGGUGGUGCUGUUUGAAAAGAAAUUUUUUAGUUGUGUAUAUUUUACUCUGCGAUGAGAAGUCCUCAUGGUUUCAGUUGAAAAGGUUUGGUUGUUUUCAUAUUUGUUUCCAUUUCACUGCCUUUGUGUUCCACACAGGGAUCAGUGAAUACUCUAACUGAAUGAAAGCCUUGCUUUUAGUUAGAGAUUAGUUCAGCCUUUUAUCAAGAGUAUUUAUGUUGGUGGCGUUCUCUGAUUUUUCAAAAGUUAAAUGAAUGGGUUUGAAUUUGAGCUAAGUUUCUGUUAAAAAAAAAAAAAGCCACUGCAUUGUAGAGGUUUUGUUUGAACAUCCAUCAGCUAAUAAAACACCCGUACUGCACUUGACA